GCAUCUUCUCUUUUUCGUACGCGAUCCGCCAGCCGCAGCACACAUCACCACCAGGAACCUCUUCUCCGCCGCGGAAACCCGUGACGACGACGCGUAAUUGUUGUCCAGCCCCGUAACCAGACCAGUUUUGUAACCACAAGCAGCCUUCGGAAGGGUUUUCCGUCAAAGUUCACAAACCAGAGAAAAUAAGACUUGAACUAUUUCAUCGGGACAGGAGUGCACAAAACAGUAGUUUCCUUUUCCGACCUAGCACCGAUUGCCAUUUUUUUCGUCUUGCUCGAGCGAUUUGCACGUACCCCAUCCAACCCAACACAAAGCACAAUGGCCCCCCAGCAGAGAAUCCGCAUGGCCAACGAGAAGGCUAGCCGCAACAUCACCCAGCGCGGAAACGUCCCCAAGUCGACGAAGAACGCCGAGGAGAAGUACCCGGUCGGUCCGUGGCUACUGGCGCUGUUCAUCUUCGUGGUGUGCGGGUCCGCAAUCUUCCAGAUCAUUCAGUCGAUCCGGAUUGCGUAAUGUGUUGCGCCCAACGCGAGGGGGACCCACUGGUUUGGAUCCCUCCCCGAAACGGCAACCCCCUUCUUCACAUUCACAACAAGAACCAGCAACAAGCAACAGACACUCACACACUCAAACACACAAUUCGUCAACGUUCUUUCCUUACUGGGUGGUGGUUUGGACUCGGCCGUUCCCUCGCUCUCUUCCGGUGCAUCUGUUUUCACUUCCCGGAAGUCGCGAAUAGCGGAACGAGGCGCAAUGUCACCCGUGUUAAACGCACUACAAAAUUUACAACACCUCCUCCUCCUCUCUCCAAGAUUGGCAGCAGCAGCGGCAUUUAGACACGAACCUACAAAUUUUGAUCCUAGGUUCACCACUGUUCUAUAUUCGUCCUCACCCUUGUGAACGUCUCUGUGUUCUUUCCUUGCAAUAAUUAAACAAACGGACGGUGCGCGCACCAUUCCAAACUGCGUGUGUUGACUCCUUAAGGGUGGGUGCACCGAAUUGACAAACUUUGUAUCGCUUAUCUUUUUUUGAUAUUUUUUUAUAUUUCUAAAAUGUAGCUAAAAGUGAUUGAUUUUCUUUUCCAAAAAUUGCAUGCAUACAUUAAAAGAAGAAAAAUGACGAUUUAAAAUACGAAUAAA